GUCAGAGGAGGACACUUCGGCUGGGAGACUCGGCCCCAAAAGCGGUGGCUGUUGGAGGUGUCUGCGACAGCUGAUGUGGCCUCAUGGAUGAGCUGGUACAUGACUUAGCCUCGGCCUUGGAGCAGACGUCUGAACAGAAUAAGCUUGGUGAGCUGUGGGAAGAGAUGGCCUUGAGCCCUCGGCAGCAGAGGCGGCAGCUUCGCAAACGGAGAGGCCGGAAGCGCCGUUCAGACUUCACUCACCUGGCAGAGCAUACCUGCUGCUACAGUGAGGCCUCUGAGUCCAGUCUGGAUGAGGCCAUUAAGGACUGUCGAGAGAUGGCCCCAGUCACCAAUUUUAGUGACUCCGAUGACACCGUUGUAGCCAAACAGCACCCAGCUCUAAACACCAUUGUUAAGAGUAAGCAACAUUCUUGGCAUGAAUCUGACUCCUUUACUGAAAAUGCACCUUGUCGACCACUCAGGCGCAGGCGGAAGGUGAAGCGAGUGACAUCAGAGGUGGCUGCCAGCCUUCAGCAGAAGCUCAAGGUAUCAGACUGGAGCUAUGAGAGAGGGUGUAGGUUCAAGUCUGCUAAGAAGCAGCGUUUGUCACGCUGGAAGGAGAAUACUCCCUGGACCUCGGCAGGCCAUGGAUUGUGUGAAUCAGCAGAAAAUAGGACUUUUCUAAGCAAAACAGGAAGGAAAGAAAGGAUGGAGUGUGAAGCAGAUGAACAAAAACAGGGCUCUGAUGAGAACAUGUCAGAAUGUGAAACCAGCAGUGUGUGUAGCAGCAGUGACCCAGGGCUCUUUACAAAUGAUGAAGGACGGCAAGGGGAUGACGAGCAGAGUGAUUGGUUCUAUGAAGGAGAAUGUGUCCCAGGAUUCACUGUCCCUAACCUUCUGCCCAAGUGGGCUCCUGAUCAUUGCUCUGAAGUAGAAAGGAUGGAUUCUGGCCUGGAUAAACUUUCAGAUUCCACGUUCCUUUUACCUUCUCGGCCAGCUCAAAGAGGGUACCAUGCUCGCUUGAAUCGUCUGCCUGGAGCUGCAGCUCGAUGCCUCAGAAAGGGGCGAAGAAGGCUUGUUGGGAAGGAGACCAGCAUAAGUACUUUGGGUUCUGAGAGGAUAGGCCACAUCAUCAGUGACUCUCGACACAAAGAAAAGAAUAAAGUGUUGGCUUCUGAUUUUCCUCACAUUUCUGCUUGUGCACAUGAGUUCAAUCCGCUUUCUCCCCUUUACUCCCUGGAUGUUCUUGCUGAUGCUUCUCACCGGAGGUGUUCCCCUGCACAGUGCUCUGGCAGACAGGCAAACAUACACUUGGGACCCCCAUGUUCACGUGACAUCAAGAGGAAACGGAAGCCUGUGGCCACAGCAUCUCUAUCCAGCCCGAAUGCAGUAAUCUUACCAGUCCACAUGGAUGCCAUGGAGCCAACCGCGCCAGCAGCACAGGCCCAGAAAUCUCCAAACUCUGAGUGGCUGGUCCGGACCUCUGCCACAGAGAAAGCAACGGACUCAGCUGCAGCUACGUUUUUUAAAAUGCCACAGGAGAAGAGCCCUGGAUGCAGCUAGAGAGCAGCACUUCACCCACCAGGAGCCAGUGGGGUGUUGUGAAAGGAAUAUUAGAUUUUGUGUUACAUAGUCUCCCAUAUUCCCAGUCCGUUUAUCACCAGAUCUGGCUCCUUCCUCUUCCAACAAAGCAGUGGACUCUUGCUCUUAGCAAAUCAUAUUGUGGCCAUCUGUUUUAAAAAAAAAGUUAGUAAAAUAUUGGGGCAGCAAUUUUUUUAAAGCCAUCCUGUGCUAUAUUUGUUACAUUGCUAUUGCUAUCUCAACAGUUACAGCUCCGUUUGCAGAGCUGUUGCUUUUUGCAAGUGUGUCUUUUUUCUUGAAAAACUAGUAACUGCUUUUGCAUAAUUUUUGUGUAGAGCUUUUAAUAUCAUUUGAGGAAGCUCCAGAUUUGCAGUUGGUUCCAGCCAAAUUUAAACGCUGAGUCAAGACCUGUGUGUGGAAUUAUGUUUGCAGGAGGUAAGGUUUGCCUUGGAGCCUAGCCUUGAGUCACUCAAGAGUGUCAGUAAGAUAAAUCCGCCACGGUCUCAAUUUGGAGCCUCAGAAGCUACGCGAGCAGCGUGGGACUUCUUCUUCCAGUGUCCUAUAUGGCCUGAUGGAGUCGCCAGCAGCUGCAUUGUACUUUGCCUCAUCUCCAGAGUUCGUGGUCUACCAAAAGAGGACUACAUUCGUUCCCUCUCACACGCAGACUGGUGUAAUGAAGGUGGUUCAACUGUACAGAAAACUUUAAGUAGUGGAUUGUGUCUUAAUAUUUCAUGUUGCAAUAUAAGCCUUUAUAUACUAAAUGGGAUUUUCCCGUUAGUUUAUAGGUCAAUAACCUGCAGCAGAAAUUCAUACUCUAUUAUAAUAAUGGUUUCUUGGGCUUACACUUUGGGGAGGAAAAAUGUCUUUUGGCAUACCUUUAUACUUGGUGUGUUUCUGACAGCUCGGGAGUUAUAUACGCAGCCAUGCCUGAAGGUGGAUGCUAUUUUGUCAAAAUGAGGAAUAAGUGACUGCCCAGAGCUGCUGGAGAAAAGCCACCGUUUCUUAAAAAACAAGUAUUAUCAAGAAUGUCUUUCAUUCAGGGGCCUGGUUGAUAGCAGGGUUCUUUUUUCGUACAAAUUGAGUACAUUUACUCUGAAAUAUACAGAACCUGCUCUGGAAGUGCCCGCUGUUCUGGUGAUGUUCUAGAGGAACUCCCACCUUGCACCUGGAUAGUUUCUGUGCUUAAACAUAGGUGCUGAGUAUGAUGGAGCCUCCUCUCCCAGAAGGGCAAAUGUCCCCUUUUCUCACACAGAACAUGAUGGUGGGCCAGGUUAUCGUGUUCCCUGUAGAAAUUACAGUCCUUAACAGUGGUAGCUCCAGAAUUUCCAUGUCCGUGGGUUGGUGUGAAUCUCGGUGGAGAGGGAGACUUAAGCUAAGGUUGCAGGGCACUUUAUGCAAGACUGAGAACUUUACGUCAGCUGCCCCGAAAGAGGAUUAUGGUGGAGGGAGGGGCAGGUGGAGAGGAUGGGGUGGGGAGGAGUGCCCCAGCCCACGCAGCGCCCCCGAGGGCCGCCGGGUUCUCACGUGCUAGUGAGUGGAUCGCCCUUCCCUACGGCCGCGCCCAUGGAAGUGCAGAAGUGAUGUGUGGUUACAGAGUGGCACUACUGGACUGGUUAGUGAGGAAGGCAGGUCAUAUUGUCACAUGUGCAUUCUUAUCUAGUCCCAGUAGUGUCCUGAGGUGCACAUUUCUAACAUACUUUGUUGGAUCUGAGGGAGAAGUCCACAGACGUAAUUUCACUUUCUUUGCACUAAGCUCUGUGGCUCAUGCCGAGGGUGGUCCUGUGAUCGUAGCCUCCGACGGCCUCUGUAGUUCAGGUAGAAUCUUUCCUUCACGGUCUGUGGCCUGACAGUUCUUUUUUUAACCUGUGAUUAAAAGUAAUUUAUAUAUUCAGUGUUACAUUUUAAGCAUCUCUAUGAUGUAAAAGUGGGUGACUGCUGCCAUGUUACGUCACAGUUUAUUUAUUCCUCGAAAUCAUGUAAGCAAGCCAGGAUUACAACCCCAGACUUUUAGACUUUCUCUGCCCUGGGUUAUCAUCUUUUGUUUUUCAUCGAUAGGCCUGAACCACUUCAAGACCCAUGUUUUUGCAACAGUUUGCCAUGAAUGUUUAUAUCGGACAUGCUUUUCUAUGUGUUUCGAAUACUUCAAUUGGGGUCACCCAAAAUGUCCUAUCUACCUAUAAUAAUUGGGGAAGAAAAUUAAUUACCUAAGAAAGUAGCAAUUAAGCACACAAGUACUUUGCGAUAAAGGUUUUUAAAUUGUGCUCUCCCCUGUAAGCUGCCGCGUGUGCAUGCGUACAGACAGGAUUAUCAACACUCCGCUUGCUUUCUGUAUGAAUCACUUCCAGGGGAACCUUAGCCUUGAGUGCAUUUCGAAUCUUAGAUUUUAAAUCUCCUUUUUGUACAGCAAAUUAUAUAAUGUCAUAAAUUAAGGAAAGUCUGUUACCUUUCAACAAAAGAUACAACUUCAAAAUCCAGUUUUGUAAUAUGUUAAAAAAUCUCCAAUAGCAUUACUUCCUUCCUUUGAGGCUAAUCCUUGGGCUUACAUGUAUUUGAUCUGCUCAAAAGUAGCAACUGAAGCUGAGUUCCGUAGUCUCACUUAUUUAAGGUUCUGAUUUACCCCAACUGGCUGCACAGUCUGUCUCUCUGAAUCCUAGUCUUGUGGAUUUUCCACAAUAGGCAGAAAUGAAGACAUUAUCUACUACUAUCAUUCAGAAAAGUUAGUUUUGCUUAUGAGUAAAUUUGAGAUUAUUUUUCAGAUACAGUAUUUUAAAAGGAGCAACAUCAUUUGCAUAAAACACUUGUGUUUUUUGGUUAAGAACUAUUUAGAAGAGGAAAUUAGUAGCCGUUGGCAUGGUGCCAAACUUAGGAGGGACAGAAUAUGGUCUUUAUUGACUGAUGUGUGUGUUUUUAAACUUGAAUUCUUUAGAAAUGGCACCAGAAAAUUUCAGAUGACAUUGUUUUGGUGGGCUAUGAAACUGGCUGCAAACAGGGCCAUUCUGGCGGCAAAAUGACCAAAAGCUAAGAUAACUCUAAUCCGCAAUGCUCAUGGCGUCCUUUGCUAAGAAAACCUCCAUCUCUAGAACAGGUCAUUGAGCUAUGUAUGAUCCCAAAUAGAUUAAUCUGAUAGUAUCUUUUCAUUCUGGAAUCAGAAACCCAAUUUAUUCCAUGGCAGUGGAAGUUCUGAUGCUGCAGAGUGGAGGAGCGGAGUUACCACGGAAGUCACUCGGAGCAGGCAGCUAGGCUGAGCCAUCGUUGCUGACGUGAUGGCUUCCCCACUUUGGCUCCAGGCGAAAGCUCUUGGUGGUGCAUGAUUCCUUUCAGGCCUUGCCGUGUUUUGACUACAGUGCUUCUGAGCCAUAUGCUUUUUAUUUCCUGGGCAAUGCAAAAAUCUCUGCAUUAGAAGCCAUAGUCAGUAUUUCCUGUGUCGGGUGAGCGUUACUUGAGCUGGGAUGAGAACAGGGUGGCUCCCUCCAGCAGUUGUGCGUGCAGUCCUGUUAGCGGCAUAGCUCGCAGGAUGUGGCAUGGUUUAUGGGAUGGCAGGAGGGUGACAGAAGCAGUUUGCGCUUGCUGUCAGCCGUGUCCUUUGUUAACGCCUGAGCUGUCCAUUUUACUUGUCAGUGUUUCCUUAUCUCCCACGCCAGUCAUGACAGUGAGUGGAGUUACUGAUGGCGGCGGCAAUCAGGAGGGGUGCCUGCCCCAGCAGAGCACUGGUGCAGAGGGAAAAGGUGAGGAAAUGGGUGGGUUCCGUGUUAGCACUGAACACAUCGCGGCCCAGAGAUGCUUUCGCCUACAUUAGGGUCACAACAGAUGAAUGUCAGAUGCCUGUGAACAGCAAGAUUGAAAAGAAACAAGGAAAAUGAUGUUGCUGAAUAGUGUGGAUUAUAAGGUUUUUAACAAACCCAGCAAAACAAACUUAUGGCCAAAAGAAAAUUUCCUGCCACUGCAGACAGACACAGACACUCAGUAGGACUGCCAGAUUUUGGAAAUACAAAUAUUUAAAGUGCAGUAUUGAAGAAUGGGGCAUAUGCUGAAGAUGUUCACCAAGGAAGGCAGUCUUGGCAAGGUCCAGAAGUGAGAGGCAAGGGGGAGAGGGGGAGAUGCUUGCAGUCGGGAUGCUAGGGCACCUGGACCAGCUGCACCAGCACGCUCUCGGACCCCCAGCCCUACUGGAUCGGAAAAUCUGGGGUGGGGGGCAGCCAUCUUUUAUACCCUCCAGGGCUCGGGUGCAGGCUGGCGUGUGAGAACCACAGGCUUUUCCAUAGUUAAAAAACUUUUAAUAUACUGUAUCCCCUUGAGCUCUAAGGUGCUCUUCUAUUUCCCUCCCUAAAAAUAGAGAUGGUUUGUGUAUCAUAUUUGCAGAAGCUGUUAAUGUCUUUAUUUCCCAUACCCUUUCCCUCUUGCUCCUGAAAAAUUACCUGGAAACGUUGAGAAAGGAUAAUGUGGAGAAAAAUGCCAUCAAAGCCAAAUUUAAAUGGAUGGAAACAACAUUUUAAAAGUGGAU